AUGUUCAGCCUCUCUCUCCUGAGCCGGGGACACGGGAAGUUGGUCCAGAACAAACAGAAGUCAGAAGUCUAUUUUGAACCAGAGGAUUACUUGAACUGGAAGUCCCCAGAAGAAUAUAUCCUGGUCAGCAAACCGCAGGAUGAGGGCAAUGCCGACCAGCACAUGUGGAGCCUCCUUCUUCCUAAAACAUUCAGCACUAGAAAGGGCGCCCUGAUCCUCUACUCUGAAGGCUUAGCCAUAUCAGCAUGGACCCCCAAAGAGAGGAGUAAAGGCCCCUACUGCCCCAAAGGCCACGAGAAGAGGCUGGAUCUUGAACUGUGCACACUUCAGGACCUCAAAGAAGCCAUCCUGGCGUACGGAAGGAGACAGAGAGAGCAGGACAGGGCCUGGCAGACGCACCUCCACUUCCGAAGCCAACCAGAGAGCCAGGGCCUACGGCGGAUCCAGCCUGGGUAUUCAGCCAAGAGAUACCUCCGUGGCCUCCUGCGGACGUGGCCCCCUGACACCAUGUACAGGCUCCAAUGUGCAGGAUACAUCAAGGAUUCUGUGCUGCUCCAGGAAAGUCAACUUAAUGUACCAAAGAAUCUCAGGCCACAACAGGAUCUUUCAGGUGUACCCACCAAAUACCAUCUCCUGCCUGUCUUCCCUCCAUUUUGGAUUCAACCAGGAAAAUCUUUUGAACAAGGUCACCAGGGCCUGGAUGAAGGGGAAGCUGGGGCUGGUGGACACGUGGACCAGGGCUCUGUAGCCAAGAACCACAGCAACCAGGGGACUCGCUUGCCACCACUCAGGAAGCAGCCCUGGCAGGAAGAUGAAACCCAGGCAGAGGACACGUCAAAAGGGAAUCACCGUUGUAUCCACGCUUCAAAGGAAAGCCACCACGAAAAAACACAGCAAACCUCCAGGAGGGCCCUUGGGCAUGCCCGCAUAGAUCAUUCUUGGCUCCUGCGUGACAAAUCCCACACGACAUUCUAUGGAGGCGCCUUCCCCCACAGGAAGGCAGAUCUCAGCGACAAACAAGGGAAUAUGAAACUCCACCAGGGCAGAAGCAGCCACUUGCUCCAGGAGCCUCCUGCUGAAAGAUGUCUUUUCCCUCCUGUAGCAUCUGCCACUGGCUCAGAAAAAAACACAUCUGGAGAAGCGAGGAGGAAAAAGGCACCAAAGGCUGUGAAAUCACCUCCUAUCUCAGAGGAAUCACCCAGAGUCCUGGACCCCCUGAGGAGUCAACUUGAAGCCAAUAAGCCCCCAGCAGAGCUCUUCAUCUUCCCCGUGGAGAUUCAUUUCCAUACCCAACACCCACCAAAAGGAAAGUCACGAAGAAGAGGUGCUCCACACCCUGAGUCAGCAUCAGAAACAGAAGAAGAGUCCAGACCUUUAUGGAGGCCUCCCCUGAAGCAGGUGCCCCUGAAAAGGCCAAGGGAAUUAACAGUACAUCUCCCAGUAGACACAGGGAGGGACACACUCUCGCCUCAAGAGGAUGAUGGUCCACCCCAGGAUGGCACCCCACCACUGUCCCUGACGGAAGGAAGAAAAAGUCGGGAGAGCCAGAGGGGCCUGGACAGCCCCAGGACACCAGGCCACAGCAGCCCCAUGGGCCCCCUACAUGUGAGACGGGCCGGCGGGGCACUCCCAGCAGAAGCACAAGAAAAAUCCAGAGACCCCACACUGGGACGCUUCUUGCUUGGUCCAAAUGGAGGAAACAUCUUCCUGUCCCUCACAAGGCCUACCCAAACCGAGGAACUUCUGUCGGGUGAAGCCUGUGAAUCUGUCAGUUCAAAUACCAGCCGUGGAAAGGAGGAGUCUAGUAUUCAACAUCUUCUGAAAGCAAACACUGAAUCCAGGACUGAUCUUCACAUGAAUCUUAAUGAAACCUCACCUUUGACCCAAAAGCCAGAGAAGCAGGGAGCCCAGCAGUCCUUGGAGGCAGCAGCUCAGAAGACAGGAGAGCCUCAAAGUUGUAUAAAUAAAGGGCUGAUACGUUCAAACAGAAAAGAAUUUUACACGCGUAAGCCGCACAUCGACAUGACGCCGUUCCUGAAGGAAAGUGGAGAUGAACUGGACUAUCAUGAAGAACCUGGAGGACCCCCCAGAAAACAUCAUCCAGACCCUCAAGACCCAGAGCGGAGGAGUAUGACCCUUGACCCUCUUAGUGUUUCUGUGGCUGAGCACAUCCAGACCCCUGAGGCAGAUACUGUCCAAAAGGCGGGCAGAGAUUAUAAUGUGUACCAUCAACACAGAGGACUCCCAGGACAUGGGUCUGACUCCCCAGAGGGGUUGGAUCCUAUAGACACAUCUCUUCUUCCAAGACGAAAAGAAGGGAAGACUGAACCAAGACUGUUCAACCAGCAGACACCAACCAACAUCAGUCAUGAGAUGGAGUUGAUUGACAAAGCCAAGAGAAGAAGAACCAAGACAGGUAAGUCCAAGGCACCCGAAGAGAGAGAAGGAAAGCUCCCUGGGGAAGCAGAGGCUGCUGUUGGAAAGUCAAAGGAAUCAAAGGCUGAAAAGAAAUCAGUGCUAAUUCCCAAAGACAAAAAACCUGGAGUCGAAAGGAAAAAGACACAGAAGGAAAGGAAUCUGGAAAUAAUAGCAGAGCUGAGUGGGCCUGAUGUCAUUAACUCUAAGAAAACUAAAGACACCUCAGAUGGAGGUUUCUUUCCUUCAGGCUCUGUUGUAGAGGACCCUUGGCUUUCUUCCAAAUUUGAUGCCCCUGAGAGCCAAGUUUCCAUAGAUGGAAGGUCAUCGCCCACCCAGACUGCAACUGUCCCUGGAAACAUGGAAUCUGAAGAAGAGGGAAGCCAUAAGGACCCUUCCAAGGCCCUCCUGGCUAAGAGGGAGCCAGAGAAAGCUUCCUGGGCCAGGCUGCAAGCAGAGAGGGCCGAGAUGAGACUGCUGGAGGUGGAGAGGAAGAGAAGGCAGCAGAGGCGGCUUCAACAGGAGCAGCUGGAGAGGGCAGAGAAGAUGAAGGAGGAGCUGGAGCUGGAGCCGCAGAGCCAUGCGCAGGAGAUCUGCUCGAGGAAACAGAAACUCGAGGAAGAACAGCAGGGGCAGGAGAAGGAGGUGAAAGAGCAGUGGCUCCAGUUGCAAAUGGUCCAGGAGAGAGGUCGGCAGCAACAGGAGGCACUCCGGAGGAAGCCGCAGGGACUGCAGAGAAAGGAGCAGCAAGAGGAAGCCCAGAAGGCUGAGGCAGAGAAGCAAAGGCAGAAGGAAUUGGAAAUGCAGUUAGCAGAAGAACAAAAGCGCCUGAUGGAAAUGGCUGAAGAAGAACGGCUGGAGUAUCAGCAGUGGAAACAGGAAGCAGAAGAGAAGGCUCGGCUGGAAGCAGAGGACAGACGGCGAAAGGAAGAGGAAGCAGCAAGGCUGGCUCUGGAGGAAGCCAUGAAACAAGUCCAGGAACAAGCCAGGCAAAAAGCUGCUUUGAAGAAACAUCUUCAUUUCCACCAAGAACUCCGUAAGGAAGCCAAUGGCCUACAGUGGACACAGAACAUUUCCAGACCAUGGGUCUACUCUUACUUCCAGUUCCUACAAAUACCAAGACCUUAAGACUAGAAGAAAACUAAAAAGUUAGGCGGUGGUGACAGAAAACGAGUUAACUUCCUUCUGUAAUGAAGUUCCAUCCUGAGCGUUAGCUCCGUUUCAUCUGGUUCACCUCACCUAACCCCACACUUCGCUUCACUCUAGGCCCUCCCUUCCCCACCACCCAAACCUUACUCAACCCAAACUUGUCACACACCUAAAUCCUUUAUGUUCUCUGGAACCACGUAAAUCCAGAAGCUUUGGUGCCUAAAAUUAGCCAAUAAUUUCAUAAUUUGUUUGAAUUUCAGUAAAUUUCAGCUUAAUUUCAGUAAGACAUUAACAUAAUCUUAGGGUAGCUGAAGUAUUUCAUUUCAGUGUCUCUGAAAGAGCUGUAGGUAAAUGGAAAUUCUAUAAUGCAAUAAUUCUGAAUUAGCAAAAAGGAGCUAAUUCAUGUAUUUACAUAUUAAGAAUUUUAUAAUUUAUGAAGCAAAACCACAUCCAUUUCCUCCUAAGAAUCUAAAGUUUAAUUUCUAUUUAAAACAAGGUAAUCACUUGAUAAAUGUUCAUUUGAGCAAAAUGAGCUGUUCUGUGAGGGCAUUCUCACACCCUCAAAGUACAGAUUAAGAGCUGCACUAUCCAAAUAAGUAGCCACAGGUAGCUAUUUAAAUGUAAGUUAAAACAUUCAGUUCUCCAGUCACACUAGCCACAUUUCAGGUGCUCAGUAACAAGAUAUGGCUACUGGCUACUGUAAUAGACAACAUUGGACAACAUUGUAUUCUAGAGCCCGGAAAAUUAACCGAUCUUGAGGUUUUGAUCUGUCUUUAACAUCUCCUUAAUAUCAGUAAGUAUCUGAUAAGCAUCUAUCAUAGAUUGAUCAAUAAAGGGAGUGAAGGACCUUUAGCAAAUAAGAUAUGUAAAAAGAUGUUAAAGCAAGCAGUAUCUGAACCUGAAUUUUCCCACGAAUUUCCUUUGGCCCUAUUCUACACUUCACUGUCUACAGCUAAAAAAACUUAGUAUUUGCAGAUGAUUCUCUCAAAUCUCCCACUAAUGCUUGUAAGGUGCUUUCUACAGGAACUGCGCUUCCACAAUCCAGAAGUCAAGCUUAAUUUUGAGUCUGUAUUGUUAUUGGACUUGCUUAGAUUUUGAUGCUUAUUUUCAAACACUAGCUUUAUAUAAAAUAGAAAUAAAAUGGCCAAAAC